UUGCCCUCUUCCUGGGUCUGUGAGCGUCGAGGUUUCUUUCACCCGAGCGAGACCAAGGCGGUCUGGAGUCGGGGACCGACGGUUGACCCUGCGGGGGUGGAGCCAGUCUUUUGGAAUGCCCCAGCUUGUUAUCUGAGAACUGAACUGUUUCUGGGCGUUUAUUGAAUGUCCACUUUCUCCAGCCUUCGUGCUGGGAGCUGUGGGGGGUUGGAGCGGUAAAAACAGCCGUUCCCCCUCUUCCCCUUUUGGAGGACAGAUUUGGACGUAAAUGUUAACAUCGGGCAGUGAAUUAAAGGGGAGGGGGGAGGGUGGAAGGUCAGUUUUUUGCCUUACAAAAAAACAGGGGGGAAAAGGUUGUUAUAAAGUCAGUCUGCGUCCUGCCCUGGUGGAGAGUAUUGUAAGGAACUAAGUUCUCUAAAGGAGACAAAUCCUAAGUGUUUAUUCGGAAGAAAAUGUUUACGGAAAAGAACAGUAAAGUCUUGAUCAGUAAGUAAUAUGCUCCGGUUCUGGUUAAUUUGAAUGAAUAGAAGGAACCCUUCGCCUUCAAAAUUGGAGACAAAACUUUGCCCCUAAAACAUUCAUAUACUUUUUGGUUGUAGUAGGUAGAAGAUACUGGGAUCUUUAGAGGUUGAAGAGACUGCUAUGCGCUAGUCAUUGAUGAUUUGUUAUCCUUGCGCGGACUCUUGAGCCUUAGAUCACUAAAAAGGUGUACUGGCCGCCUAGUUGUCUUCUCCAGAGCUUGCUUUCAUUUGCUAAUCCUGCGAUUUCCGAGCGGAGGGUGGUUGGUAGCAAGCUAAAAGAGCCGAGGUGGGGGAAGUGACCAGUUGCGCAGAAAAAAAAGUUUUAGAGAAUGGCUCCUAAACCAAGGGAAGGCCUGCUGCUAUUGCUUUAACUCCAGCUGGAAAUUCCAGCAAACUUGGGAAGACUGGCCUGGGCACCACUGCCAGCUUGGUGACCUGCCAGGAUCAUGGAUUUUCCUGGACACUUUGAACAGAUCUUCCAGCAGCUGAACUACCAGAGACUUCACGGGCAGCUCUGUGAUUGUGUCAUUGUCGUGGGGAACAGACAUUUUAAAGCCCACCGCUCAGUACUGGCGGCAUGCAGCACGCAUUUCCGAGCCCUCUUCUCGGUGGCAGAGGGAGAUCAGACCAUGAACAUGAUCCAGCUGGAUAGCGAGGUAGUGACAGCGGAGGCCUUUGCCGCACUGAUUGACAUGAUGUACACCUCCACGCUCAUGCUGGGGGAGAGCAACGUUAUGGAUGUCUUAUUGGCAGCCUCUCACCUGCAUUUGAACUCUGUUGUUAAGGCAUGUAAACAUUACUUAACGACAAGGACGCUGCCCAUGUCUCCCCCCAGCGAGCGCGUCCAGGAGCAGAGUGCCCGCAUGCAGCGCUCCUUUAUGCUGCAGCAGCUGGGGCUAAGUAUCGUGAGCUCAGCCCUCAGUUCCAGCCAGAGCGGCGAGGAGCAGCCGGCCCCCAUGAGCUCCUCGCUGCGCAGUAACCUGGACCAACGGACGCCCUUCCCCAUGAGACGCCUUCAUAAGCGCAAGCAGUCCGCAGAGGAGCGGGCCAGGCAGCGCCUCCGGCCUGCCAUGGAUGAGUCUGCCAUUGCUGAUGUCACGCCAGAGAACGGGCCAUCAGGGGUUCAUUCUCGGGAGGAGUUCUUUUCACCCGAUUCCCUGAAAAUCGUGGACAACCCUAAGGCUGACGGAAUGGCCGACAACCAGGAAGACAGUGCCAUCAUGUUUGACCAGUCUUUUGGUGCUCAAGAAGACGCCCAGGUGCCCAGCCAGUCCGACAAUACUGCUGGCAACAUGGCCCAGUUGUCCAUGGCCUCUCGUGCAACUCAGGUUGAGACUAGUUUUGAGCAGGACACUGCCGCCGAGAAAAGUGGUUUUCAGUGUGAAAAUCCCGAGGUUGGCCUUGGAGAGAAGGAGCACAUGAGAGUGGUGGUUAAGUCUGAGCCCCUGAGCUCUCCUGAGCCUCAGGAUGAAGUGAGCGAUGUGACCUCCCAAGCAGAAGGCAGCGAAUCCGUGGAAGUGGAAGGGGUUGUGGUCAGUGCCGAGAAGAUAGACCUCAGCCCUGAAAGUAGCGAUCGGAGUUUUUCAGAUCCCCAGUCUAGCACGGACAGGGUAGGUGACAUCCAUAUUUUGGAAGUCACAAAUAACCUGGAGCACAAAUCCACUUUCAGCAUUUCAAAUUUUCUUAACAAGAGCAGAGGGAGUAAUUUUAGUGCAAGUCAGAACAAUGAUGAUAAUAUCCCAAACACUACUAGUGACUGUAGGCUGGAGGGGGAGGCCCCUUAUUUGUUGAGUCCAGAGGCUGGGCCCGCAGGCGGGCCCUCUUCGGCCCCUGGCUCUCACGUGGAGAACCCGUUCAGCGAGCCUGCAGACUCCCAUUUCGUCAGGCCUAUGCAGGAAGUGAUGGGCCUGCCCUGCGUGCAGACCUCAGGCUACCAAGGAGGAGAACAGUUUGGGAUGGACUUUUCCAGGUCUGGUUUGGGCCUCCACUCCUCCUUCUCCAGGGUCAUGAUGGGCUCCCCAAGAGGAGGAGCCAGUAACUUUCCAUACUACCGACGCAUUGCUCCCAAAAUGCCAGUCGUAACGUCUGUCAGGAGCUCACAGAUCCCAGAAAACUCGGCCAGUUCCCAGUUAAUGAUGAACGCGGCCACGUCCUCAUUUGAAAAUGGCCAUCCUUCGCAGCCCGGCCCUCCACAGUUGACCAGGGCGUCCGCUGAUGUCCUGUCCAAGUGCAAGAAGGCCUUGUCAGAGCACAACGUCUUGGUUGUAGAGGGCGCUCGCAAGUACGCCUGCAAAAUCUGCUGCAAGACUUUUCUGACCCUGACGGAUUGCAAGAAGCACAUCCGAGUUCACACAGGGGAAAAGCCCUACGCCUGCCUCAAGUGCGGCAAGAGGUUCAGUCAGUCCAGCCACCUGUAUAAACACUCAAAGACCACGUGCCUGCGCUGGCAGAGCAGCAACCUCCCCAGCACUUUGCUCUAACCCCCACCCUUCGAUGUCGGGCCGGUGCCCGUUGUCCGACUGAAGCGGAUGGCUCUUCUGGUUGGUGAUGAACGCCAUCGGGCUUGAGGCUUCCGGCCCCCCGACGGCUCGUGCAAAUUCCGGUGACUAGUAAGUGGAGAAUUCACACGCGGAGCACUUGUGCCGCUGCUGCUUCUCGGAGCGAGAUGCAGGCUUUUGGAGAGGGACAUGAUCCCUGAAACCGAGUUCUUCCUUAGGGCUGAGUAAAGCAGUCAGAAAGUAGUUUGUAAUUCAUGGCGUUAAAAGUGGCACAUUAAAAAAAUUAAAAAUGGAAGUGCAAAAAAAUUUUUUUAGCAA